GCGCCCUUAUCACCGGACCCAGCCGGUGAACCACACCAAUCGGACCAAUCAGAGUACAGUGUGGGGUCAAUAGCCGCAGAUCGGUGGGCGAUUGUCUAUCGUGAUGACUCAGCUGUCGAUAGGGAAGGAGAGCCCGAUGAUUGGCCUGAAAUAGAAACAUCGACUGUCAAGGAUAUUGUUCAUAUCAUUGUACUCUGUAUCUGGGGUUUUCUCAUCUAAAAGUCAUAAGCUAAAGCUCGCAAAACAGCAAAAUCAACUAGCUAUUUAACCAUCCAAAACCAGCUAGCAAGCAUGAUGGCUAUUACUGAGUGCACUAAUGGUGCCCGUGAUGCCCGUGAUGCCCGUGAUGCCCGUGAUGCCCGUGAUGCCCGUGAUGCCCGUGAUGCCCGUGAUAUCCAUGAUGGUCAUGAUGGUGAUGAUCAUGGUGGUGGUGGUGGUCGUCGUAGUAGUGGUGAUCGUAAUUAUCGUGGUGCCCUAGGCCUAGGAGAUUACCAAAGAGACCCCGGUCCUCGUCGUAGUAUGGCCUUCGGUAUGGGCUUCUCGGUCUAGGGCUGUAAGGCCUAGAGUAAUAGUAGUCCCGUGGUGGCUCAUUUAGUAAUCCCUGUUGUUCCCCCACCCCCGGUUCUGGUACGACUCCCGCGGGCCGUAGUAGUCAUGCUCAUCCUGAGGACGAGGUGGCGGGCCGCGCUGCCAUGGAGGCUCUGGUGGAGCGUUGUAAGACGCAGCUCCCUGGUUCUGGUUAUACGACUGACGAGGCUGUUCCUGAGGGGUCUUGUAUCCGUUCGGUUGAUAGACGAAUCCCGGGGGAGCACUGCCGUAACUCGCCUCGCCGGCGUAUUGAGCGUCGCGACCAGUCAUGAUGCAAGUGAUGGAAAUUAUGACUAACAAAGAUCUGUGUUGAAGACGAUUAUAGACUGGCUAUAUCGUGGUUAGGUUCC